AGGGGCGGGACUGACUGAGGUGGACUCCUGGCUCAAACUUGUGCUAUGGCUGCAGCGGUGUGGACUGAUCGGGGACGGAGGGCUGUGACUGUAGUGGGGACAGUGACGAGAUCCAGUCACACAGCUUUAAAAUCCCAGUAUGACGCAGUGGUCAUCGGAGGAGGACACAAUGGACUGGUGGCAGCUGCCUAUCUUCAGAAGGGAGGACUGAAGACAGCAGUGCUGGAGCGCAGACAUGUGCUGGGAGGAGCAGCUGUUUCAGAGGAACUCUUCCCUGGUUUCCACUUCUCCAGGUGCUCCUAUUUGCUCAGUUUAUUAAGACCCCACAUAUACGCAGACUUGGAACUUAAGAAACAUGGGCUGAAGGUGUAUAUGAGGGACCCCCAUGCUUUCACCCCCAUGUUGGAGGAGGGGGUGGGAGGUGCCCCGCCAAGGUCUCUCACCCUGGGCUCAGAUAUGGCCAUGAAUCAGAGGGAGAUCGGCAAGUUCUCACAGAAGGAUGCUCAGGUGUUUCCAGACUAUGUUGCACAUCUUGAUAAACUAGCAGGAGCUAUCCACCCUCUCCUGGACGCUGCUCCUGUAGACAUCCCAGGUGUUACUGCUGGAUCACUGAGGAAGAGGCUGGCUGCAGCUAAAACACUGAUGCCUAUUGUCAAAUGCGGUCUGAAACUGGGCAGAAACAUUCCAGACUUUUAUGAGAUUAUAACUGCACCAAUAAUGAAGAUCCUCAAUCGAUGGUUUGAGUCAGAGCCACUGAGAGCAACUCUGGCUACUGAUGCUGUGAUAGGAGCCAUGACCAGUCCAAGUAAUCCUGGUAGUGGGUAUGUGCUCUUGCACCAUGUGAUGGGAGAGUUGGAGAAGGAGAAGGGAGCAUGGGGUUAUGUGGAGGGAGGCAUGGGAGGCGUGUCUCGGGCUAUUGCUAACUCUGCUCGAUCCUACGGUGUAGACAUUUUCACUGAGAAGGAUGUUGGACAGGUCCUGGUCGGUUCAGAUGGUGCUGCCAAGGGAGUGGUGCUAAAGGACGGCACAGAGAUCCACAGUAAAGUUGUUUUAUCAAACGCUACCCCAUAUGUUACCUUCAAGAACCUCACGCCACAGGCUGCUCUUUCUCCAGAGUUCAUCAAAGCUGUAGAUCAGAUAGACUACACCUCCCCUGUCACCAAGAUCAACGUGGCAGUGGACAAGCUACCUAACUUCCUAGCAUCUCCCACACCAGAUAAUAAACCUGGACCCCACCAUCAGUGCUCCAUUCAUCUCAACUGUGAAAGCGUGGAGGUGCUAGAGACUGCAUACAAAGAGGCCAUGAAUGGACGUCCCUCAGCAAAACCCAUGCUGGAGAUGACCAUCCCCUCUGUGUUGGAUCCUACUCUGGCUCCCCCUGGGUGCCACGUGGUGUCACUGUUCACCCAGUUCACCCCAUUCCACAUAGACGGCAAAGAGUGGACGGACCAGGACAGGGAGGCCUACGCAGACACAGCAUUUGACUGGGUGGAGCAAUACGCCCCUGGGUUUAAACAGUCGGUGGUGGGGAGGGACAUCCUGACUCCACCUGACCUGGAGAGGAUCUUUGGGCUCACUGGAGGGAAUAUCUUCCAUGGAUCAAUGUCGCUGGAUCAGCUCUACCUAGCACGACCUUUGCCCUUGCUGUCAGACUACCGUUCACCAAUCAAAGGGCUGUAUAUGUGUGGCAGCGGCGCUCAUCCAGGUGGUGGUGUGAUGGGCUCUCCUGGCUGGAACGCAGCGCUCACUGUCAUGGCUGACAUGAAACGUCGCUGAAACGUGACAGCAUCAGCGUGUGGUCUGCUCAUCAGUGUUCGACCUCUCUUUUGUCUCACUUGUGUAAAUUUGACUGGUCUGAGAAAUGUAUUUCAACAUUCACUCCAACCAUCUGUCUGAUCAGUUCACUCCAUCAUAUUGUUUGUAACAAUAUCUGAGAAGGAAAAUGUUGAUUUAAUCAUACAGCUGACAUGGGAUGAAAGAGCUAAGGAGAGCCUUAGCUUCUGUUUUAUUUAUAGACCGUCCAUGCAAAAAGUCCGCCAGUCAGUCACUCCUGUUAUCAAACACUAGUGCAAUACUGCCGCACUAAAUCCUGUCACUUAUGAAGUCAUCGAACUGAGCCAGCAGAAAAUCACUGAUACCAAAAAAACAUUAAUGUUGAAGACAGUUGCAUUUUUAGAAUAACUGCUGUCAUAAUGAACUGUUAAUUUAAUAGUGAAAAUAAAGCACAAUGGGACAUUUUAUAACUUUGUAUGAAUAAAUUUACAUGAAUUCAAGCAUAUGUUUCAUUUGUUUGAGUAAAAAUUGAGGAAAAUAUUUAACAAGCUUCAGCUGCCUCACAAGGAUCAGCAGGCUUUUCAGAGUAGGGCAAUCUUGUUUCAGAAAGUAUACAGGAGCACCAAACUUGAGGCAACGAACUUGAUUAUAGAACAAAAGUUUCAACACCAAGUGCAUCUUCAUCAGUCAAGCAGCUCUCUUAAAUAACCUCCCUUAAUAAGAAAGUUGUUCGGCACAGGUUCCCUUGUGUUUCUCAGAUUCUGAGGGGUUGUAAAAAAUUCCACCAUCACCUACAGGUGGAGACGGGAUUAAUAGAUUGCUAUAGAGAGAAGCUUUCUGAAUCACUGAACACCGUUGAACCAUCAGGACUUAACGAGGAGCUAAGACUAACUUGUUUUUAAAGCAUUACUUUAAACUAACUUUUUUUUAAUAUAUAAAGCCAUAUGGCUAUAGAGGCUAUUUGCUAUUAUUACUGAUAUAUUAUGAUGUGUUGUUACAGUCUGUGGGGAGGCUGUAAUGUCAUGAAUCUCUUAUAUGUGUCCUUUUUUAAAAAAAAAUGUGAUUAUCUAGAACACAUAUGCAGCCCACUCUUCCAAUUUAUGCUAUAGGUCUUCCUUUUCAGGGGACUGGCAUUUAAGAUAUUGACUGGUUUCAUUUAUAUCAGUUUGAUCAAAGUUUUUCAUUAUUGUUAUUAGGGAUGCAAGAUAAUACUGGGACGUCAUCUGUACUGGCUGAUAUUGGCUUUAAACCAACAUCCACUCCAACAUCAUCCAUUCAAGUUGCAGAGGAGAGCCGGGAAGAAUUGACAUUACAUUACUGAGCACCAGUUGAAAGACAUGAUACCAAAGAUAAUUUUGUUUGCGUACAAAAACUAAGCACAGCAUGCCAAACAUGCGGUUUGAAAAUUACAGAAGAAGAUGCAACAACUUCCAACAUACUUGUUUUAACAGAUGAAUACAAAUUUCAAAAAGCAUUCAGGAUUUUUGGUAAAUUUAUUGUUGUUAAAAUGGCAUUACGUUUUGUGAAGAGCACAUGACGACUUGUUUAGGACUUGGGACAUAAGUUGGGACUUGUCAAUACUGACUGCGGACUUGAGUACAAAGACUUGAGACUAAGAUUACUGGUAUUUUGCAAAACAAUGACUCGGUCCCACCUCCGUUCUGUAAUAGCCUAGAGUAACCAGCUACAUGUAAUUAAAUUAUAAAUUAAAUGUAAUUAUAACCUGUUACAACUGCUGAGAUAA